GACCAAGCAAAUUUUAGUUUAGUGAACUGCGCAGAACAUUCUGGUUUAAGUGAUUGUUCGGAGCUAAAAGCUGUUACAAAUAAAAAAAAUAAAAACUAAUUUAUUUUCAAUAAAUAAAGAAACUAUAAAAAUGGUUAUCAAAAAUCCGAACAAUAUAGUUGUGCCCGAUUUUUUGAACGAGAACUUCUUCGUGGCCGCGCUCGAGGAAGGUUUGCGUGCAAUCCAGGUGAGGGUUAAUGAAAUCACUUUCGAAUGGGCCACCGACCCCGGUGAUAAUUACUGCUCACGCAUCUAUCGCGUUGCAGUCUCCUAUGAGCGUCUAGUUGACGCUGAUGAGCCGCCAGUACAAGAGCAACGGUCGUUAAUCGUCAAAGCGAUAACGGUUACAAAAGAAACACGUUUCCUUGAAGAUGUAGGUGUUUUUCUUAAGGAAAAAAUUACCUAUUUGGAUGUAUUGCCACGGCUGCAAGUACUUGUGCCGUGUCCGAAAUUCAGUGCCAUCUGCUAUUAUGCAACCAAAUCCCCCAUUAACACUCUUGUUUUUUCUGACUUGAAGACUGAAGGUUUUCGGGUUGCGCCACGACAGGACCAGCUCGAUUGGGCACACUGCGAAUUGAUCUUGCAACAAACGGCGCGCCUGCAUGCCACUUCAAUGAUAUUAGCCCAGCGAGAUCCCGACAUCUCCAAACGCUUGGUCGACGGUAUGCUGUGCGAGAAGUCUAUAAUGAAGUCUGAUGCCUUUCAGCAAGUGUUCGGUGUUACACUAAAGCAGCUAGCCAACAAUGCAGCCGAAUGGCCCGGUUUUGAGAAUAUCGCACAAAAAUUGCGUCGUUUCAAUGAUAAUUUCAAAAGCAUAAGUGCACGCUUAUCAGAUCAUCGUGAAGGCGAUCGUUUCGUGGUGAUGAAUCAUGGUGAUCUCACGGUUUUAAAUAUCAUGUACGCCUAUGAUGAUCCCAAGCAACGUAAUAAACCAACGCGCGCUAUUUUUGUGGAUUUCCAACUUAAUUUCUAUGGCAGCCCUGGCUGCGAUCUAAACUUCUUUCUCAACACAAGUGUACGUCUAAAUGUGCUAAAGGAUCGACGCGAUGAUCUCAUAAAUGUCUAUUAUAAGACAUUCAAGGAGACGUUGGAACAUCUUCAUUACGAGAAUUUACCAACUUUAGAAGAUCUAAAGUACGAAUUGCGUGCGCGUGAACUUUAUGGUCUUUUCGCUAUGUUCGGUUUUCUGCCCAUACUUACUAUGCCAAAGGAGCUAUCCGGUGAUAACAGUAUUGAAACUAUGGUAAAUGAAGAGAACGUCCGUGCAAAGUACCAAAAAGUAUUUGCACAAGAACGUUUACAAGCACAGCUGAAGUAUGCCCUGAAGCGCUUUGAUGCUUUGGGUGUGUUGGAUGAGUUUUAGUUAAUUUUUGAUAUUGGGUGCAACUACUUUUUGGCUAUUGGGAACUUGUAAAUAUGUAUAUCUUAACAUAGAAUAUAUGAAAUUGAAAAAAAAUCUUUAGACAUGACUCCAAUAAGGAAAUAUGUAUAGUCGUACUACCUCAUAUGUCAGUGCUAUCACGAGAAAGAACAUACAAUACUCCUUUCAUUACUUCCUUACCUGUUCCACUUAUCUACUCAUAUCUUUGUUUCUCAUAAUUUGCUCAAGUGCUUAUAGAUAUUUCCUUAAUCAUUAAAUUAAAUUAUUUUUUCUUUUAAAUAAUGACGACAAGAACAGAUAUUUGCACAUAUUACAACUCAUAUACCAGUACUCGCACUAUCAACGACCUACACUUCUCUUUUCAUUCUUUCCUUCCCUCUCCUACUUGUCGUAUACUCAUAUAUUUGUUUCUCAUUUUAUGAAAGUCAUAACGGAAUCGCUGCGUAUUGCAAGUCAAGCAAGAAAAGGUUAUAUUUUUCUCUCUUUCUCAUAUUUGUUCGGGAAGCUGUAGUACUCAUAUACAGCUUAUCAAAUUUUACUCUCAACUUUGCGAUCAGCUUUACAACCGCAACGAUUCAAACAAACAUCGCUACAAUCUCGGCUAUACCCAUAUACAUAUACCGCACAUUAGUGACUAGAAACACAUAAUAGUAACCCUUUAGGUACCCUUAUUUAUAAAAGAAACAAAAAUUGUUAUUUUUUCAAUUCGCAAGUAAUAAGGCUUUACGUAAUAUUCUCAAAUAAACCAUCCAGUUUAAAGCACA